UCUUCUAUUUCAGCCACUACAGAGUGUAUAAACCUCGUCUUUAAUCACACUGACAGCAUCUUCAUCAUCAUCAUCAUCAUCAUCAUCAUCAUCAUCAUCAUCAGAUCAGAAUGCUGUGUUUGAUGGUCAUUGGAUUUCUUUUAUCCUGUGCAGAUUGUACCAAGUCAUAUGAGAAAAAUAUUCUACACCAGAUGAACAGAACUGCUUUUAAGGGGGAAACUGUUGUUUUUCACUGCAAUGGAACUCUGACUAGUGAACUUAAAGAUAUUGGUUGGCGUAAAGAUAGGAAUGGUAUUUUUAUCCACAGCUCAGUUACAAACCAAAGUGUGUUCAACUACACAUCGAGCAGGAUGCAGGUUAAUCCCCGAAAUCCAAGAGAACUGCAGAUAUCUGAUGUACAGCUUUCAGAUAAAGGAUUAUACUUAUGUUUUCCAUUAGACAUGCAGUGGAUAUUGACCAUAGAAGCUUUAUCUUUUGACACCACAGAGAAUGAAAUACAGACCAGCAAAGGAAGGCUAUCCUACAUAGUUUUCUCAGUAAUCACAGUGUGUGUCUCAGUGUGUCUCUUUAUCUUCUGUGCCGUGUGUCUUCACAGAAAACAAGAAAACAGAGGAGCCUCAGAUCAAACACACACGGGCAAUAAGCUUGCAAACACAGAUUCUCUCCAUCACAGUGAGACAAUAACUUCCUGUGUCUACAUCAUGACAAGCUCAAAUAAUGUUGCCAUAGACUAAAAUUGAGCAACAUGUCGCCAUCACGUCCUUCUACAGAAAUGUUUCUAUGAUGCUCAUAUUCACAGGCAUAUAAACCUUUUUACUGUGCAAUGAAAUCUGGAUAAUUAAAACAUUUAGAAAACAGUCUUGUCAUAUGUUUGUUGCUCAAAUAUAACAGUCAAAUGCUUAUUGAAAAAAAAAAAAAGGAAUAAAGUUUAAAGAACGCUUAAUUAGAUUAGUGGAAAAACUGCAGUCUUGUGACAGAUGAGAUGUGAAACCACUCUCAUGUGAAACCACUCUCUCCCCAGGAAGUGGUAAACACUCAGAAAACUGCCAUGGACAUACAUCAUUAUAGAAAUAUAUAUACAUACAUACAUCAUUAUAGAAAUAUAAUUGUUGGUUUGAAUUUCAUACUGAGAACUGUUUUUAAUGUAGCUUUCAUAUCCAAGAAAAUCAUCAAAUCCACCCAUCCAAAAUCAUGCAGAUACAGGCCAAGAGCUUCAGUUAAUGUUCACAUAAAAAAUAAGAAAUGGGGGGGGAAAAAUGUGCAAAAAACAAAAAAUAUCCAGGUAAAAUUUUUCCAAUAUUCAACUGGCCAGUUUCAGUGUGUCUGUGUGUAGUUUCAGAUUCCUGUUCUUGGCUGACAGGAGUGGAACCUGAUGUGGACUUCAUUUCCUCUGAUCUUUCUUACCAACAAGCCAUUUCUGCUAAAAUACGUAAACCAGCUGGUCACCAACACCCAUGCCACGGUCAUAAACACUGAGAUCACAUUUUUCUCCAUUCUGAUAUUUGCUCCCUUGAAGCAAAGAUGACAAUUUGAUCUGCAACUCUAAGUUGAAAAAACAAUAUCCUGGUUUCUAUGAACACAAAGAGUUAUUUUAAUUAAAAUUGAAAACCAGUCAGAAGUUUGUUUGGUUUUAUUUUGGAACACAGAUAACAAUGACAAAAAAAUCUGGUUUUGGCCAAAACUGUUUUUCUGCCAGUAAUGUACUUUGACAUUUCUGCUUUAACUCUGAAAUGGAAUAGCGUCCAUUCUUAUCUGCUCUCUUGCACUUUUUUCUCAACUUCUGUUUCCGCUUGCUCUGCGGUUUAACUCUAAAGCCAGCCACCUUUUAAAGGCAGUCUUCUACUUUAGCCACAGGAGUGUAUAAGCUUCGUCUUUAAUCACACUAACAGCAGCGUCAUCAUCAUCAUCAUCAUCAUCAUCAUCAUCAUCACCAUCAUCAUAAUCACCAUCAUCAUCAUCAUCAUCAUCACCAUCAUCAUCAUCAUCAUCAUCAUCAUCAUCAUCAUCACAUUAGAAUGCUGCAUUUGCUCAUCAUCAUGUUUCUGUUAUCUUGUGCAGAUCAUAUCAAGUCAUAUGAGAGAAAAACUCUACACCAGAUGAACAGAACUGCUUUUAAGGGGGAAACUGUUAUUUUACACUGCGGUGGAACUCUGACUAGUGAACUUAAAGAUAUUGGUUGGCGUAAAGAUGGGAAUCUUAUUUUUAUCUACAGCCCAGUUAUAAACAUAACUGUGUUCAACUACACAUAGAGCAGGAUGCAGGUUAAUCCCUGAAAUACAAGAGAACUACAGAUAUCUGAUGUACAACUUUUAGAAAAAUGAUUAUACUCAUGUUUUCCAUUAAACAUGCAGUGGAUAUUGACCAUAGAAGGUAUUUAAUUUAAAUUGUUUUAAAUAAGUGUUGAAUAUGUCUUUUUCCAUCAAAUGAAAUAGCGUCAGAUAGCAUUAUAUUUUGUGAGAAUACAGACUACACUUCGUGUUGUAAUUUUAGCUUUUGCCAACACAGAGACUGAAAUACAACGAGGCACAGUAAGCCCAUUCUAUGCAGUUUUCUCAGUAAUCACAGUGUGUAUUGCCGUGUGUCUCUUUAUCUUCUGUGAUAUGUGUCUUCACAGGUGAGUGACCACCAAAUGUUUUACUUAAUAAUAUGUAGUAUAUAGUAUAUGUUGCAUUUAUCUUUUCAAAAUAUAUUAACUGUUGUGAAACAACUUGACCUGAAGAGCAGAACACAAAGUUGCAACACUUAACAAUUAAGCACCAUGAUAUAAAUUACUACAUAAAGGGCAAAUACACAACAGUGUGAUGUGAGUGCAAAAAAAAAAAAAAAAAAAAAAAAUACAAUAAAUACAACAGAAUAAUAAAUACACAGUACGGUGACAGUGUAUGUUAAAUAUGCAGGAAUAUACAGCUUAUACACACAAUUCCAAUCUUUACACAGUGGGGUUGUUUAUAAUACCAAGUGUAUGAUUCAAGUUCAGAAAAAAGAAUCAGUCCAAUUUUUAUUAUUGCUGCUGAUGUUGUUCUUGUUGGUGGUGGUGGUGGUGGUGGUGAUGAUGAUGAUGAUGAUAAUACAAAAGAGGAAGAAAAGACAAAAAUAUUAUACUGUCACAAAGACUGAUAUUUAAUGUGGUCAGCUAAAAAUAAUUCUAUGUUGAUUUGAAUUUAUGCCUGUCAUAGCAAUACACAAUACAUUUCAGUUCAAGUGUACUUCCCCCGUCCUCAAAGUCAGUGUUGGUCUUUAUACUAAUAUUUAAAUCCUGUUCUCCAUUUCACAUUUUCAAACAUCUGUGGUUACCCCUUUUGUAUUUGCACAUACAUGGAAUAUACACACAUUUUCGGGACUGGGGAAAAAUCAUUGCUUUUUGUCAGCUGCUUUGUGUUUUACACUGUAUUAAUGAAACGGUUGUUUAGUCCAUAUGCUGCAAAUCAAAGAACAGACCAUUUUUAUUUCACUACAGGAAACAGAAAGAAAGAGCAGCUUCUGAUAAAACUGAAACUGGUGGUGAGCUUGUACGUUCUUUCUUUUUUUUUUUUUAAACAUAAAUAUGUAUGCAUGUGAAUGGUGCGUUAAUAUUUGUAUUACGUAUACUGUGUAUCAGUACAUUUAUUGUUAAUAAAAUUAAUCUCUAAAAAGUGGAUUACUAACAUUUGUUAAAAUAAUCUCAUGGAGAAACUUUGAUUACAUAGCAAAAACUAUUAAUUUGUUGUCUGCCAGGACUACUAAUAAUAAAUAUUAAUAAAUAUUAAUAAUCAUAUAGCAUUUAAACAUUUAAAAUUUGGGCAGUUAUGUUUUACUGUCUUCUAUAUUGAGACACAGUUGAGUGUUACCUUCUUUUCAUUCAUAUGCUGAAAUUGGAACUGUUUGUGCAUAUCAAGAUGUCUUUUAUUAACUGAUGAAUUUAAUGUGAUGUUUUGAUCAACUCUAUUGUAAUUGGAAAGUUUGAUUAUUUAUACAUUUCAAAAAUGGUUUGUAAAUAAUGUGAACUUUAGAACUCCCAAACAUCUUUGGGCCUCAGCUACUGAAGAAAAAAAGCCCAAACAAUUUCAGCCAUUUGACCUUGCUGUGACCUUGACACUUUUUGGAUCAGUCCCGAAAUCUAAUCAGUUAAUUUGUUGGUCACAAUGAUAACCUCAUAUACAGUAAAGCUCAUAGCCAGUAUUGGGCUAAUGAGAAUCUUGUUUCAUUCAUUUUCCCAUUAAUGAACAUUCUGUAUGUUUUAUAACAUGUUCACUAAUGAUUACUGUGGACACUGAAAUAUUUAAGAUUAUUAUUA